AGCUUACCAAGGUUUAAGCCACGCCCACCGGAUGUAGACAGAGUUUCCCCGGGAAAGGUCUUGUUGAGGUGCCGCUUGAGUAAAAGUUGAUGAAGAGUUUUGUGAUUGUUCCUACAGAUAAGCAAUGGAGAAAAUAACAGAGAAAGUUUUACUGGAGAAAGGCUCUCCAAGAACAGACAAGCUGGAGCAAAUCAAAACAUUGAAUUUGUCCAAGAUGGGGCUGAAGCUGCAGGACCUACCUGUCAAGCUGCUGUCCCGCCUGUGCUCCUUGGAGCGCUGGGAUCUGUCUGGAAACAGACUGCAGGAGUUUCCCAAGAAACUGGAGCUGCGUAAACUCCGAUACCUGGACCUCAGCGACAACCAGAUGGAAGACGUCACCACCCUGGAGUCGCUGAGCAGCUUGGAGGAGCUGAAGAUGGACGACAACUUUUAUAUCACUGUGAGUGACAAUUACAAGCUGAUGGUGUUGCUGCCAAACCUGAGGAUUUACAACAGCAAAGAUAUCAGCACCACUGCCAACCACUUAAGAUUUGUUUAUAGAGACAACCUGAUGACCAGGAUUACUGCGUUAUGGGAGAAAAGCUUCAGUCUUCCAGAUCCCAUCACAGCUGAGAAAAUGUCCAGUUUAGAGAAGAACUUUGUGAACACUGCCAGACAUCAAGUUAAAUUUGGUCCCAGUUCAGUCAGUGAUUUCACCAAAUGGAGGGUGGAGAUUUUAGCUAAGGAGUAUCUGCGCUCACUAACAGAACCAAAGGAAGACUCUAACAGCCAGGAAUGUGCUGAAGUUAAAGAGAACGGUGAUGUCUCUACACCUUCCAAAAGGAAGCGGACUGAAGCGGCUUCCGGCAUAAACCUGAUGCCUCGCAAACAGUUGCGCUCCGAUCUUCCAGCCUCUCCCGUGCAAAACAGCCCUCUCAAAAUCAGCCUUCGUCCAAAACGUCAGAGUGAAACUCAGACCAGCAUCAGCCCCCUCAGGACAGACAGAGCUCUGUCCACUCCCCCCAAAACCCAGCCGAAGGCAGAGACGCCCAGGAGAAGUCUGAAAGUUCCUCAAACUAAAGAGGAGAAAACUCCAGUAGAACGGAGGAAAGAUUCAAGCAAAGGCAGGAACGCUCACGUGCUGCCCAUAACAAAGACUUUAAACAAAACUCAGCAGCCGGUGCGUCUGCAGCCGCUGCACGUGCUGCAGUGUCACAGUAAAUACGACAGCUCAGAGGACUUCUCCACCCAGCUGUGGGCCUGCGCCUUCCAGCCGUGUUCAGAGUUCUCUGGAGACGGCGGGGAAAGCCGCUUGGUGGCUACAUGCGGAGGAGACUCUCUGUGUGUGAUCGACUGUGAAACUGGGGUGGUGAUGAAGAAGUACAAAGUUCCUGGAGAAGAGUUCUUCUCCCUGGCCUGGUCCACAGUGCUGAUGUCCAGAGGAGAGAAGGCACCAGCUCAGCUCUGCAGCAUUCUCGCUGCCGGCGGGAGGAGAGGACUCGUCAAACUGAUUCAUCCCAGGAACAACGUGGCGUACGGCGAGUUCCGAGCCAGCAGGAAGUCUCUGUCUGCCCUCCGCUUCAACCACCAACAGGGAAACUUUCUGUUCACUGGAUCCUACGACAACAAGAUAAUGUUGUGGGAUAUCGGCGGAGUGGACAGCAGUUAUAACUUCAAAGUUGUUCAGCUGCUGGUGUUGGAAGUCAGCACGACACCUCUGCACAUCUGUCUGCCCCCGACGUCCCCCAGCACACAACUCCUGAGUGCCUGUGAGAGGGGUCUGCACUGCUACAACACGCAGCUCAGUACCAACAGCACCACAAAGAGUAGGUCAAAAGAAAUGGAGAUAACCUUUCCCAUUUAUGAAGAGGAGGAUGACGACCAUGACUACCACACCAUUGACGGCCUGAGUUUUCUUACUGACGACAUCGUGGCCUCUAAGAGCCACAUGCACGGUUUCAUUUACCUGUGGAGCUGGAGCAGGACCAGGUCUCAGCGCCCCGACAAGAGGGGUGGGGCAGUGUGUGCCGUGGUCCUGGCUGAGCUGCAGUGGGCCAACACCGAGAUUCCCUACCUGGCUCUGAACACCUGUCCCGAUCGAGCCUAUGUGGUGUGUGGGGACAACGAAGGGAGAAUAUGGACACAUCACGUCCCCAACAUCCAGACAACCAGUUGUCAGAAAGAGAAACCCAUUCCACCCACUGAGGUGUUGGAGUGGCCGUCCCCGAUGAGGAAAGGCCUCGGUCAGAUGGAGGGUCCGUCUAUCAACAGUGUAGCAAUGGACUCAGAGCUGCUCUACCUGGUUGCCUUAAGUGAUAAAAAUCUGGUGAUCAUAUGGAGGAGAGAGGAGUCGUCCUGAGGAACGUGGGCCGAAUGUUCUAGUAAAUAUGACUGUUUUCAGAAAAGUUACCAAAAUUAGGUAUUUAUUAAGGUAACAUGUUGAAAAUGUGAUGUUUUUAUUCACAUUUUAAAUGGUACAUGAAUACAUAGUAAUGUAAAUAUUUUGCUCAGACUAGCAAUCUUUUAGUUUGAUUUGUUGUAAUUGGUUAAAAAUAAUGAUGCUGCCUCUGAUGUGAAUCAUCAGUAUGUCUAAUGGCAUCAAAGCAAGACAAAUAUAACAAAAAUGUUUUUAUUAUUAUUACAUAAAUGUAAAAUAUGUCAAAUUUAACAUAAAACUCUUCUUAUUACAUUCUUUUAAAAUGUUAAAUGAUAAUGUUGCCAGCAGGGGUUGUGGUAUAUUGUGAUUAAAAAAGAAACAUCCGUUGUCACUGUGAUACAGCUCUGUGAAAAUGAUCAAAACAACUUUGUUUAAAUCUAGAUAUUUAUAGUACUAUGGUACUGUAUGGGUAGCAAUCAUUGUUCAGUGGAUAGCAAAAUAAAGUUGUAGUUUCCCUUAUUUUA